AUGUUGCAGGCUGAUCUGCCUGACGUGCCCACUCCCCUACCGUCUCCCCGCGUAUUCGUCGAGCCCGGUUUGCCAGCGGAGGAGAACGAGUUUGAUCCAUAUGAUCCAGCCCAUCUUGAGGUACAUCAUUCACGAACGCCAUCCCCUGCUGUCGUACCCCGUUCCACAAACGGGUCUCGUGAAGCGUCUCGUGAAUCUUCUCGUGUACCUUCUCGUGCUCCGUCGCGUGCCGGCCGAGAGAACCUCGGGUCCAACCUUUCAGUGAGCCAACCUGAGGCCUCAGAGUUUCACAAGGGGUCAACAUCGUCACUUCCUCAAGCAUUCCCUGAUCCGCCUCCAUACAGCAGUCCGAUUCACGAGUUCUUCCCUGCUGAGCCUAUUCCCCCUCGCCAAUCUCCCGGUCACUCUCGCGCCUCUUCACGGAAUCCUAGUCCUCCGCGUUCGAGCCACUCGAAUGAAAUGGUACGACCUGUAGACGUUGACCGUUCAAGACCGCCACCGAACGCAACACCACCUGUCAAUGUUCAUCACAAUGUCCCUUCACAGCUGCCACCGAUGUCAUCGGUGCCUCCUGCCCAGAUAAACCGAGACCCUCCUCAAGUCCCACCUUCAAUGUACACUAACGACCGCGAUGCUCGAAGCACGCAUCAAUCAGUCUCUACUGGUUCCUCUAGUCAGACUCGAACGGGAAGGCCACCUCCGCACCGACACCUACCCAAACGACUUGUGAUGCCUGCACCUCUGAACAACGCUGCCUAUGGUCAAAUACCUAACCAGAUGCGCUCUCCUCCUGCUACUGCUUCGUUCCUUCCACCUAUGACUGCAUAUCUUCCCCCCGAACAAGCCCGAGCAUCCUUCCGACCUCAGCCAUCGGCGUAUCCCCCUCCAGUGAUGACUGCGCCGAGACCACCCAGACCCAUGCCUCCUCCGCAAGCACCCAUAAAAGCAGAAGACAUCCCCAUGGCAGCAAGCCGCAAGUUGAAGAAAAGGGCAAGCAUGAUCAACCCACCUAAACCCGAACUUUCAGCGCCACCAGCUGUACCAACACCACCCGUUGUUGCCACUGUUUCUUUCGCGCCGCCCAUCAUAGGCUUUGAUCGUUCCAUCCCGCGUGAAAAAAUACUUGCGCGUUCUCAAACUGAGAAAAUCCCAUCGAAGAAGCUGCUGAGCAAGCGCAGGGUGCUAUGA